AUGUCCAUGCCCAUAGCAAGUACCACUCUAGCAGUUAACAACCUCACCAAUAUAAACGGAAACGCAAAUUUUAACGUACAAGCAAACAAACAACUCCACCACCAGGCUGUCGACUCGCCCGCAAGAUCUUCGAUGACCGCCACGACCGCCGCCAACUCCAACAGCAACUCUUCCAGAGAUGACUCUACUAUUGUCGGCCUACAUUACAAGAUCGGCAAAAAAAUAGGGGAAGGUUCCUUUGGUGUGCUAUUUGAAGGUACUAAUAUGAUCAAUGGCGUACCCGUCGCGAUCAAAUUCGAGCCCAGAAAAACGGAGGCCCCUCAAUUAAGAGAUGAAUAUAAAACAUAUAAAAUUCUGAAUGGCACUCCCAAUAUCCCCUACGCGUACUACUUCGGCCAAGAAGGUUUGCACAAUAUCUUGGUCAUUGAUCUUUUGGGUCCCUCUUUGGAAGAUUUAUUUGAUUGGUGUGGAAGAAAAUUUUCUGUCAAAACGGUUGUGCAAGUUGCUGUCCAAAUGAUUACUUUGAUUGAAGACUUGCACGCACAUGACUUGAUAUACCGUGAUAUCAAACCAGACAAUUUCUUGAUUGGAAGGCCCGGCCAACCUGACGCAAACAACAUCCAUUUGAUCGACUUCGGUAUGGCCAAACAGUAUCGUGAUCCGAAAACUAAACAGCACAUCCCAUAUAGAGAGAAAAAAUCACUCAGCGGCACUGCCAGAUAUAUGUCCAUUAAUACUCACCUUGGAAGAGAGCAGUCCAGAAGAGAUGAUAUGGAGGCCUUGGGUCACGUUUUCUUUUAUUUCUUGAGAGGCCACUUACCCUGGCAGGGUUUAAAAGCUCCAAACAAUAAGCAAAAAUACGAAAAGAUUGGUGAAAAGAAAAGAUCUACUAACGUUUACGAUCUAGCUCAAGGCUUACCUGUGCAAUUUGGCAGGUAUCUAGAAAUCGUCAGAAGUCUUUCCUUUGAAGAGUGUCCCGAUUAUGAAGGCUAUAGAAAACUAUUACUAUCUGUACUGGAUGAUUUAGGUGAAACCGCGGACGGCCAAUAUGAUUGGAUGAAACUGAACGAUGGCCGUGGUUGGGAUCUUAACAUAAACAAGAAGCCAAAUCUCCACGGAUACGGCCAUCCAAAUCCACCAAACGAAAAAUCGAGAAAACAUAGAAACAAACAGCUCCAAAUGCAACAGCUCCAAAUGCAACAGCUCCAACAACAGCAACAGCAACAGCAAUAUGCUCAAAAAACUGAGGCAGAUAUGCGCAAUUCUCAAUAUAAACCAAAGUUAGACCCUACUUCUUAUGAAGCUUACCAGCAUCAAACCCAGCAGAAAUACCUGCAAGAACAACAAAAGAGACAGCAGCAACAAAAACUUCAGGAGCAACAACUUCAAGAGCAACAAUUGCAACAGCAGCAACAGCAACAGCAACAGCUACGUGCAACAGGCCAACCUCCAUCUCAGCCUCAAGCGCAAACUCAAUCUCAGCAGUUUGGCGCUCGUUAUCAACCACAACAACAACCUUCUGCUGCUUUAAGAACUCCUGAACAGCACCCAAAUGACGAUAAUUCAAGUCUAGCUGCUUCUCAUAAGGGCUUUUUCCAAAAAUUAGGUUGUUGCUAA